AUGGUUUCCCUCACAUUCAAAACUAAAAAACCAUUUACGGGUCGCAUAUACGUACGUGGAUUAGCAGAUGAUGAACGUUGCUCUCAAAAUUUUGCAUCAAACGUUGAUCAAAAAAAAUUCUCAAUGACUGUCCAAAAUGAUGAUUGUACAAUGCAACGACAACGAAUUACUGGCAAUACUGAGGGAAUUAUGUUUUCAAUUACAAUUGUAAUAUCAUUUCACAGUACAUUUGUUACUCGAGUUGAUAGAGCAUUUCGUUGUGUGUGCUUUUAUCGAAAUAUUAAACGGUUAACAUCGGGAAUAGAUAUAUCCUUAAUUAGUACUACAGAAUUGAUGGAUACUGUACAAAUGCCAACUUGUACAUAUAGUAUUCAUUCUGGAAGUGCUGAAGGACCUAAAGCAAUUUAUGGUCAAGUUGGAGAAAAAAUAUAUCAUGUUUGGGAAUGUGAUGAUAAUACUCAAGGAUUCCUUGUACAUUCCUGCUUCGUUAAUGAUGGACGUGGAACACGCUUCGAUCUACUUGAUUUAGAUGGAUGCACUCUUGAUCCAGUUAUACAACCUGAUGUGCAAUAUGAUUCUGAUUUGACAAGAGCAGUAGCCGAAACAUUGGGUUAUAAGUUCAGUGAUACAUCAAUUAUGAAUUAUCAAUGUGUAGUAGAGUUGUGCAAAAAAGCUACUGGAGAAUGUGAAGGUCUCACUCCACCUUCGUGUGCUAAUUUUAAACGUCUUCGACGUGGAUUACGUGCCAGCACUCUUAAUACUUCAUUAAGACGUAAAUCACGCGAAAUAUCAGAAAUACGCAAUAUUCAUCGAAUGGAUUUAGUGGCUACACUAAGUAUGCUGGAUAAUAUUGAGGAAAGUAGCAUUGCUGAUGCACAACAGCCAAACGACUUAAUCAUAAAAGCAGAAAAAGUAAAAAUUUGA